AUGAAGGAGAACCACACCACCGCAGUUCUUGUCCAAGACCAGGGUGCCAUCACUGGUAUCUUCACCAGCAAGGAUGUCGUUCUUCGGGUCAUCGCCCCUGGGUUGGAUCCCACCAACUGCAGCGUCGUCCGCGUCAUGACCCCUCAUCCUGAUUUUGCCCCGAUGGAUAUGAGCAUCCAGCAGGCCCUUAGGAAGAUGCACGACGGCCAUUACCUCAAUCUCCCUGUCAUGAAUGACUCGGGCGAAAUUGUUGGUAUGGUUGAUGUUCUGAAGCUCACUUAUGCCACCCUCGAGCAGAUCAACACAAUGCAAAGCGCGGACAACGAAGGCCCAGCUUGGAACAAAUUUUGGCUUUCCCUUGACAACGAGACGGAGUCCGUCAUGUCUGGUGAUGGGAGCCAGCACCAUACCAACUUGGGCUCACGAAUCAUGUCACCUGAUAUUACGAGAGAUAGGCCUGGAGACAGCGUCGCACCCGGUGAUUCUGCAUCCCAUGCCGGCAUUGAGUCUCCACCCCGUUCAAUGGCACCCUCUGGCCGCACUCACCGUCUCCAAGUCGUUGCAGCUGAUGGUAUUGCCGUUUUUGUCGAUGGGGUGAAUUCCAAGCUCGGUAGCGAGAUCGAGGCCAUUGGCGGCACGCCCGUUGCCGAGGAGGGCAAGAUCAGUGGUGGCUAUGCCUUGAGCUACUUGGACGAUGAGGGCGACUCCGUCUCCAUUACAACGGAUAAUGACCUCCGUGAGGCUAUAGUGUUGGCUCGGCAGAACAGAAAGGACAAGGUUGACCUCUUUGUUCACGAUCCCGAAAAGCCACCUGUUGCUGUUGUGGUGCCCGUCCCUGUUGAGUCAACAAUUGCCACUCCCGUUGAGUCGAUCGCUCCUGUUGUCCGCGAGCGUCGCAGGCAACAGCUCGAUGAUGAGGAAGAGUCGUAUGAUGAGUCUGAGGAUGAAGCGACUGCUCGCAAGUCAAAGAGAACGCGCCAUGUCGCUGUCCAGGACCAAGUUAUCGCUGGCGUCCCUAACGAACUGCUCUUGCCUGGGUAUUCACAUCAUUUCCUUGAGACCACUGCCGCGCAUCUGCGACGCGCGGCGACCGUGGUCGAGGAGGUGUCCUAUCGCGGUGGUCUCGUGCUCUUCGUAGGUACCCGCAGGGGUCAAAUGGAGAUUGUUACCGCCGCUGCGAAGGAAGCGAGGGCGUGCCAUCUCUUCACAAAGUGGACACCGGGCUCCAUCACCAACAGAGACAUCAUCUUGAGGGAUCGCUUCCUCAAGGUCGUCGACGAGCAUGAUAACGACCUCGCUGGCUUCGACAGGCAUGUCAACCAGGCUAGGCCGCUUCUGCCUGACCUUGUCGUCUGCCUGAAUCCUUUGGAAAACUACACACUCCUCUACGAGUGUGGACUUGCCAACAUCCCCACGAUUGGUGUCAUUGAUACCGACGCCGACCCGUCUUGGGUCACCUAUACCAUCCCCGCCAACGAUGAUAGUUUGCGAUCUAUCGCGUUCAUUGCUGGCGUGUUAGGUCAGGCUGGCAAGCAGGGCCAGAAGCGACGAUUGGCGGAUGCCUCCGAGGGAACUGUUACUUGGCGCACCUCUGACGACAUCACAAAGUUCAUCAGCGGCAUGAAGGCCAGGAGAGGCGAAAUUCUUUCCUCGCUCAUCGACCGUGAGAUGGUUGGUGGUCUUUCGCAGUCUGCCGUCUCCGAAGAAAACGAGGCUUUGUUAAAGCGCGUGGCCGAAGAUGAUGUAGCCUCGGAGGAGUUCUCCAAAGAGGAGAAGGAACUUAUCAAGGAGCUAGCGGCCAACACCCGAGAGAUGGAUGCGCUGAGCGAGGAGGAGAGCAGGUUGCUGGACAGUUUCACGGUGCCUAAGGGUACGGCGGAGGAGCAGGUGAACGAGAAGAUCAUGUCGAAAGUUGGCGUGAAGAAGGCUAAGCAGCUCGGGUAG